CAUAACCUUCCCCCCUCCUCUCUCUCUCUUUCUCUCUUUUCGUUCGGACAUGCGAGAGUGAUGCGUGACAGCUAUAGCUUGUUUUUUUCUUCAUGUCUAGAUUUUUAUAUAAAUCAUAUUCUACAAUAGUAAACGUGGGACUUGGAUCGGUAAUAGAAAUGAUGAAUCAUAAGACUCCAUUAAUGUUUGAAGUGCUCGCCGAGUGCCAAACCACGAAAGCCAGAACUGGCAGGAUGACGCUAGUUCAUCACCACGUGGAUACUCCGGUGUUCAUGCCGGUGGGAACUCAGGGAACAUUAAAAGGACUAUUGCCUCAACAAUUGGAGCAACUGGAUUGCCAGAUAAUUCUUGCCAAUACCUAUCAUCUUGGAAACAGACCUGGUAUAGAUAUUUUACAGAAAGCUGGAGGACUGCAUAAGUUCAUGAAUUGGAAAAGAGCUUUGCUAACAGAUUCAGGUGGUUUUCAAAUGGUUUCGCUAUUGGAAUUGGCUGAAAUAACAGAAGAAGGUGUUAAAUUUAAAUCACCAUACAAUGAAUCUGAAUGCAUGCUGACUCCUGAACAUUCCAUUGAAAUCCAAAAUGCAAUUGGAGCUGACAUAAUUAUGCAGCUCGAUGAUGUCGUUAAAAGUACUUUAACCGGACCAAGAGUAGAGGAAGCGAUGCAUAGAACGAUACGUUGGCUGGAUCGUUGUUUGUCAGCACAUGAAAGACCAGACGAGCAAAGUAUAUUUCCAAUCGUACAGGGUGGUCUUAAUCCCGAGUUACGAUCCGAAUGUGCACGCCAACUGACUAAGCGAGAGGUAAACGGGUAUGCUGUAGGAGGUUUGAGUGGCGGUGAAAGUAAGGAUGAUUUUUGGCAAAUGGUCCAUUUAUCAACAAAUAUCCUUCCAAAGAAUAAACCGCGGUAUCUCAUGGGUGUUGGAUUCGCAGUAGAUCUAAUUGUAUGUAGUGCGUUAGGUAUCGAUAUGUACGACUGUGUAUUUCCGACGAGAACCGCUAGGUUUGGCUGCGCGUUGGUAAAAACGGGACAACUUAAUUUGAAGCAAGCGCAGUACAAAAAAGAGUUGAGACCAAUAGACAAGUCGUGUGAAUGUAGCACCUGCAAGACUUACACGCGCGCUUAUCUGCAUCAAAUCGUCACUGUGGAGACAGUAUCGUGUCAUUUAUUAACCGUUCACAACAUUGCAUUUCAAAUGAAGCUAAUGCGGGACAUUAGAGACAGUAUAAAAGAACAAAGAUUCCCUAAAUUCAUACAGAACUAUAUGUUGACAGCUUAUCCUAAUAAAGAUUAUCCAAGGUGGAUAGUUAAUGCUUUAGAGGCUGUCAAUGUUACUCUAUUAUAAAACUAGGAUUUGUACUAUUUGUACUAUUGUAUUUUCUAGACUACACAUACUUUUAGAAUUCUUGUCUAUAUAAAUAUGUAAAGAUUUCUGUAACUUAUUUUUCUUAUUAUAUUAAAAUUUCGUAUAAUAAUACGUCUAAGUA